ACUCUGUCUCACAUUACCUCUGCUCAAGCGAUUAGCUAGCUAGCUAGCUAGCUACCUUCUCUGUCACUCGUUCGAAUCCUGGAAAAGCAUGAUUUCUGAAAGGAUGGCGUUUUCUUCUCCAUUUUCCUCUCUCCAACUCCUUCCACUCUCAAUCCGUUGCAGGAACCCUCUCUCGAUUUCUGAAAGGAAACUCAGCGAUUCUCUCCGAUUCCAUACUCCUUCCAAAAAUCUCACCCAUUCUCUCCGAUUCCGUACUCCUCCUUCCAAAACACUCAAAUGCUUCUGUGCUCAGAGACAAUCUACCCAACAAUUCGAGAGGCUCUUCUCCAACCUCAAUCAGGCUACUCUUAAGAGAGAACCAGGAAGCCUUAGCAGUGCAAUUUUUCUGGUUGCCGGCACCACGGUAGGUGCAGGUAUCCUUGCUAUCCCUGCUGUUACGCAAGAAGCUGGAUUUCUAGCCUCUUCAAUCACAUGCAUUCUUUGCUGGAUGUAUAUGGUUGUGACAGGAUUACUGAUUGCUGAAGUAAAUGUUAACACAAUGUGCGAACUUGGUUCUGGUGGUGUCUCAUUGGUGUCAAUGGCUGAAAGAACUCUUGGAAAAGUUGGAGUUCAGGUUGCUUGCUGGUCAUAUAUUUUCAUACACUAUGCCCUUCUUGUUGCCUACGUGGCUCGUUCUUCUGAAAUUUUGACAAAUUUCCUCGGUAUCCCAUUAUGGGAAAGUGCUACCUUGUUUUCAUUGGUGUUUGGAGGCAUAUGCUACUUUGGAAGCCAGCGUUUGAUUGGAGCAGUCAAUGGACUUCUAGUACUCGGUAUCGUUGCCUCUUUCACCGCUCUUGUGGGGGUAGCAUGUGGGGACCUGCAAUGGAGCUCUCUUCUAAAAGCAAACUAUGAAGCUGUUCCACUUAGUAUACCCAUAAUAGCACUCUCAUUCGUGUACCAGAAUGUAGUACCAGUGCUUUGUACAAAUCUUGAGGGAGACCUGUCAAAAGUAAGGACUGCUAUUGUUUUAGGCACAGCUGUUCCUCUUGUUUUGUUUCUAACCUGGGAUGCUGUGAUUCUUGGAACUAUUUCAAAUCUCAACCCCAGUGGUGGUAAAGUUGCAGACCCUUUAGAACUGUUGAGAUCCAGCAACGGGAUAGUUGGACCGAUAGUUGAGGUGUUCUCAUUUCUCGCAAUUGCAACCUCAUACAUUGGAUUUGUUUUAGGCCUUUCCGACUUCCUUUCUGACUUGCUAAAACUUCCAAGUGGGCAAAGCAAACCCCUACCAUACUUGUUGAGUUUGUUUCCGCCACUGUUGUUGGCAUUGCUCGAUCCAGAGAUAUUCUUCAAAGCCUUGGAUUUUGCAGGGACUUACGGAGUUUUGGUGUUAUUUGGAAUUCUUCCUGCUGCCAUGUCUUGGUCAGAGAGGUAUGCAGAUGCAUCUGGAUCUAAGUUGGGCCCCCCGCUUGUUCUAGGUGGAAGAUUUACCCUCUCUCUAGUGAUUGGAGGUGCGACAUGUGUUGUCCUCUCUGAAAUAUUUGAGAAUUUUAUUCCCCAUUCUUGAAGAGGAACUUUUUCAAUAUUAUGGUAGACACAUCUUAAGAGCAUUCUGUCAUUAGCUGAAGGGGAAGCCAAUUGAAAAUCAGUUUAAUAAGAAAUCUCAGAGCUCUGUUGUUGUAUCAUGUAUGUAUUAUGUAAAAGGUAGUAGUUGUGCGGAGUCCAUGUGACACGACAGUUACCACAUCACAAUUUUUUCAAUCUAAACAUAUUCAUACUUUAUUUAUUUA